GGCAUACCUCUUCUAGUGGAAUUAUAAAACGAUAACGUUUAUAUAGGCUGGCAGUGGACGUUGUCGUCACAUGGCGCUCAUCUACAAGCAUGAUUGAUUGCACCUUGGACAUACAAUAAGUGCUUUAUAUCGCGCACGCCGAUCCAAUUAUGGCCAACGAAUGAACUAAAAAUCCGCACUAAUUGUGUGAAUGUGCUACAUGAAAGUAAGGGUAUAGAUAUUAAAUAUACAUAUAAUGGUAACAUUAAAUAAGUAGAUAUAGGGAGUUCGCUGCCCGAGGGACGUUGUAACAGGGCGCUCAUCCACAAGUAUGAUUGAUUGCAGCCGGGACAUACAACAAGUGCUCUAUAUAUCGCAUGGCGAUCCAAUUAUGGCUAAUGGAUGAACUCCCAGCGGCCGCCGUGGCCGGAACCCCGUCAAUUCGGUCUCUACUUAAUACAUCAAAUUGCUAAUCAAUUUUAUCUUUUACCUAUUUUUAUAAUAAGGCACCGUCACUUGCAGCCGGAACUGGGAGCCCGGGCGUAAUGUAAAACUGCCGUUGACAGUGCUUGAAUAUGAUCCCUAUUGGCUAAUAGAUAUGCUAAAACCCGCCGAUAAAAGCUACUCAUUUUUAGAAGUAGGUAUAGAAAUCAAGCGGUAUCUAUGUAAUGGUAGAUAAUGAUCAAUCGAUUGAAUAUCGCUUGCGAAAUACUCGUAUUGGUAAGUAGAUGUUCAUUUCAUCGUAUCGCGGUAACUCAUCUAUUUCAGUAUUUCCGCAAUAUAAAAGAUUUUUGGAAGCAGCUCUAUCCUCGUGGCAUCUUUCGUAUGGUUUAGAAGUUUACAUUCGUAAAUCGUCUCAGCGGCGUUCAGUUGAUCGGCCACGCUCGCGGCCGCGCGGAUCGCGGGAGACGUGGCCACUCGCUCGCCGCACUCGCGCUACUCAUCCGCGAAUACCACACGCGCCAUUCGCUGCCAUUAUCUAUCAUUCUAUUUAUUUUUUUAACUAAAAAGUGGUCUAGUCUAGUAACUCGGGGUUAAUAAAAUAAACAUGUAGGUGAGAGUCGAGAGCAUGUCUGUGUGCGGUCAGACGGAGGAGGAGAGCGUGUCGGAGGAGAUGGGCGCUCCGAUCCGCGAGAUUUACGAACAGAAGUCUGUGAGCAAGGUGGUACGGGUGCUGACGGUGCUGGCGUACCUGCUAUCGGUGUCGCUGGCAGCCAUCCUUCUGUCGGUGUACUACAUCUGCGUGUGGAAGUCGCCGAAGCUGCCGCUGGCUAACGACACUGAGGAGUUCAGCGCACGCCGCGGUGAUCUCAAUGAAUACGCGUACGGCACUUCUCCACCUUUUUAUCAUAGAGGAAGCAAUAUCACAGUGAACGAGGUCGACACGAUGCCGCUUACGGCUGAGGUCCACGAAGAUUUCGCCAACACAAGUGGUACCCCGAAUGAUGUGUCGGAGCCCGACCUGACGCUCCCAGACUCCUCGCCCACAGCCCUCUACAACGACACGACAGAUGACAUGAUAAACAACCAUACCGGCAUGGCCACAUGAUAUUCACCCACUAACUUAAGCUAAGUAUAACAAUACCAAGUACCAAAGUAACAUUGAAAAAAAGGUCUAGAACAAAGAUUCCCAAAGAUGUCGCUUUGUACAAAGUAUAGUUUGGUAAACCCUGGUCUAACAUAAGUAAUCAAACAAUGUAUGUAAUGCAAGAAUGUAAUAAAUAUCGUGUUUUAAAAAGAGGCGAUUAAUUUACGAGUAACUCUACGCAUAUCUACUUAAAAAAUAUUUAAUGUAGGUAUGACUGCGGAAUUUUAAAGUGAUAACUUGCUAUUACUUUUAAAUUCGGCACCUAAAAAUAGGUACCUACUUGCCGAUCGUCUCU